AUGCCGCCUAGAGUUGAGAAGAAACAUAGUAAAGAAUACAAAGUUCGAGAGAUCCAAAAAAAUCUGGUAAAAAAGGCCCGUUUAAAGAAGGAAUAUCUCAAAGUUUUGAAGGAAGAAGGCUAUUCAGCUCCAGAGAAGAAGGCAAGCGAGGCAAAGCUCAGUUUCAGAGAAAAGAGGGAGAGAAAUGCGGCCGGAAACCGCCAGAAGAUAGAUGAGAAGAAAGAGCUGAAAAAACUGCGUGGGCAGCAGCAACGUGAAAAGACGCUACAGCGUCAGCAACGGGAGCAGGAGCGGUUGAAAGAGAUUAAGGAAAAAGAGAGACAGAGGGGUCUUCGAUCUUCAAAGGUGACGCAGAGAACCCGGUCAGGACAGCCGCUGAUGGGACCCAAAAUCGAAGAUUUAUUGGGCAAGAUCAGGGCCGACGACACCUAUACCAAAUAA